AUGCCCCGUGCACGGUCGCGGUCUCCGCGGUCUCAGUCGCAGAAGAAACGUCGCAAGCGCGCCCGGCGGAAGGCUAAAUCCUCCAGUUCCAGCGCUUCCAGCGCUAGCCGUGCUGAGCAAAGCACUCGGCAGUGGCUUCCGGCGAUGCACGCCAUGCAGUGGGCGGCGGCCAGCGCGGCCAGCGCCAGCGCGGCUGGUUACUGGUCUCUGGCAUAUCCCGGCUAUGCCUAUGCCAUGCCCGCCUGCGCGGGCUAUGCCGGAACAGGAAGUUCCGUGGAGCAUGGCGGUCAUGGUUCGCCCCCUGGGCCAACUGUCUCGACUUUUCUGGACGGUGGAGUUGAGGAGAUUGUGGAGGUUCCCAAGGCGCACAUCGCGCGGGUCAUCGGCAAACGCGGCCGCACCAUUGCGGAGGUGCGCUCCAAGAGUGGUGCAUGGAAUGUGGAUGCCCGAGAUCAAGAAGAAGAUCCCUGCCAAGUGAAGGUCACGGGCCCUGCAGAAGCAGUCAAAAAAGCUCGGGACAUGAUCUUGGAACUGUCCCGGCCCAUGUCGGAGCGCUUCAGCGACCGCGUCUUCGUGGAGAUCUCCCAGGGGCAGAUUGGAAAAGUCGUGGGAAGCAAAGGUGCCCGGAUUCAAGAAAUCGAACGACAGACUGGGGUGAAAAUCGAUAUCGACUAUACCUGCGCUCCCUGCAGGGUGUUCCUCACUGGCAGUGAGUCACAAGUGCGCCUGACCAAGCGCUUGCUUCAGGAGAUUGCCAGCUGA